ACUGUAACCGUAAACAAAUGUCAAAACGCAAAAAAAAACCUGUACUGAUACUGACGAAGAAGCAGACGUACUGACAUUUUCACCUUUAUUUGCCAAUAGGUUAUAUUUUUCUUCUUCAGUGGAACAUACAAUAGUCAAUUAUCGAACGUCCUGUAGAAGAUAAAGACCAUGGAUAUCUUAAUCAUACUAUAAUAUAACACUGACCAUUUAUUGAACAUUUAUCCAUGACACAGAAGACAUACCACUGUCAACAACCAGAAAAAAUGGCAACUUUUUGGGAUCAGUUUAAAAUUCUUAUGUGGAAGAAUAUUUUACUGAAGAAGAGAAAUAAAAAACAAGUAGCACAGGAAAUUCUGUAUCCGUUAUACUUUAUUGCCAUUCUGAUAUUGGUAAAGGCUUUCAACAAAGGCACAGAAAAACCAAGGAUAACUGACUUCCCAACAUAUUCGAUGACAAAUGCUAAAUUUUUAGACCAAAACUUUUUUAAAGGAAAGUACAUUCUAAUAUCUCCAGACACGUCUAUUUCACAUUCUAUGGCCAAUGAAACGAUUAAAGUAUUUGAAGAAAUGGGUAACAUAACUUCCAGUCAAGGUCCGUCCCUUAUGUAUUUUACUGACAAAUCAGCAAUGGAUGAUUACUAUGAUGCUUAUACAGAUAAUGUUGCUGCCGGAAUCAUCUUUGAAUAUUCAGGGGGAGAUAAUUACUCAUAUGCAUUGAGAUUUCCUUCUAACAAAGUUCCUGGCACAGGAUCGUGGACUUCUGUUGCUGGACAGUGCCGAGAUGGAGAUGGAUUAGAUCAAUCUAGCUGUGAUGUUAACCAGUAUUUAAAUCCAGGUUUCUCUUUGCUUCAGUUAGCUAUAGAUACAGUUUUAAUUAGGAUGGACUAUCCUUCCUACCCAUUACCAGAUGUAACGGUAGAGAUGUUACCCAAGCCAUCGUACAAACCAGAUUCAACGUACAUCCAAGUGUUAUCAUCGAUAUACUUUGUCUUAGCAUACUCGCCAUUUGUUAAUUUCCUCACCGUGCACCUUGUGGCAGAGAAGGAGAAAAAGAUAAAAGAAGGGAUGAAAAUGAUGGGCUUAAGAGAUUCUGCUUUUUGGCUUUCCUGGGGACUUGUGUACCUUAUUUUCAUCACUAUAGUUACCGUAGUAACAGUUAUAUUGGCAUAUGUUAGCGGAUUUUUUAUUAACAGUAAUGUGUUCUUGUUUUUCCUGAUUUUAAUGUUUUAUGGACUUUCUAUUAUCUCUUUUGCCUGUCUGUUAACACCAUUCUUUAACAAGGCACAAACAGCUGGAGGCGUGGCCAGUUUAUUCGUCAUGUUGUUAAGCUGCUUGUACUUGGUUGUCAGUUUGACGAGACAGUUAAAUGAAGAUGGUACUGUGACGUAUUCCAUUCCAGCAGUAGCCAGGGGAUUUAUGUGUCUAAUUUCACCCUGCUGUGUGUCAUUAGCUAUUGAUCAGGCAGUGUUUUUGGAUAUUGGAGUUGGAAUGGAUUUUACGACUGCCGGACAAGGAGACUUUCCACUCUAUAUUCCAAUGUUCAUGUUACUGUUUGACAGUAUUUUAUACUUUGUCUUAGCCAUGUAUCUGGACAAUGUCAUCCCUACUGAAUAUGGUGCCAAGAAGCCACCUUAUUACAUCUUUAUGAAGUCGUACUGGUUUCCUGGUACCAGAGAAGAAGAUAAUGACGAAAGGGCGGAGGAUUAUGAUGCCUUAUUUGGUAAUGAUGUGGAGAAAGUGACCAGUGAUAUGAGAGAGCAUACAGGAGUCAGAAUUUUAAAUCUAACUAAAGAAUUCAGUGGAAAAGAAGAAACAGUCACUGCAGUAAAUAAAUUGUCUCUAGAAAUGUACACAGGACAGAUCACAUGUUUGCUUGGACAUAAUGGAGCUGGUAAGACAACACUGUUCAACAUGCUGUCUGGUCUGGUACCACCAACAAGGGGAACAGCUAAAGUCUUAGGUUUGGACAUAAAUAACCCAGGAGAUAUGUUAAAGAUCAGACAAACAACAGGGGUAUGUCCGCAGCACAACAUUUUGUUUGACAAAUUGACAGUCAUUGAACAUCUUAAAUUGUUUGCUGGAAUCAAAGGAACUAAAAAAGAUAAUAUGAUGAAAUCAAUAAAGGAGAUAUUAAAUGAUGUUGGAUUACUUGAUCAAGACGAUACAUUUGCAUUAAACCUUAGUGGUGGACAGAAGAGAAAGUUGUCUGUAGCGAUAGCUCUGAUCGGAGAUCCAAAGAUUGUGUUUCUGGACGAGCCUACUGCAGGAAUAGAUCCGUUUUCAAGACGCCAUCUAUGGUCUGUCCUUAAAGAAAAGAAGAAAGGGCGUGUUAUUCUUCUGACAACACAUUUCAUGGAUGAAGCAGAUAUUUUAGCUGACAGGAAAGCUUUUAUCAGUAAAGGAAAACUUAGGUGCUGUGGUUCAUCCCUUUUCCUGAAGAACAGAUUUGGAAUAGGAUAUCAUUUAAACAUGGUUGUAGGUAAAGUUAGUGACCGUGAAAGUAUCACAGAUCUCGUGUGUAAAAAUGUGGAUGGUGCCAAGCACAGGAGAACCCAUGGAAAGGAGUUAGCUUAUACUUUACCAUUGGAGGAAGUUGGGAGCUUUAAGAAUCUUUUUGCUGCAUUAGAAUCUAAAAGUACCGACGUGUCAACAUUGGCAGAAUCUAUGGGAAUCAAAAGUUAUGGUGUUUCUAUGACAACACUGGAAGAAGUUUUCUUGGCACUAGAGGAAGAUGACCAAUCCAUGGAUAUAAAAGACGUGUUGAAACUAGGUGGUCAUGCUGCCAGCGCAGACACACUUGAUAAUAACCAUGAUGCUGAGUCAAUCAACGAAAGUACCGUCAACAUCCUUGCAGCCCUUGAAAAAUCACCACUUGUCAAAGAACAAGAUAACUUAAAAACGCAGCAAUUUUGGGCUCUAAGCAAAGUUCGUCUGAUUAGAAGUUUGAAAGACAAAGCUUUAUUAUUUGUGAAUCUGAUUCUUCCUGUAGUAUUUGUGGUGGUAGGAUUAGUAGUGAGUAAAACAUCAGCGAUGAACACGGCAACAGCACCAUCACCAUUGAAUCUGACACUUGCAUCAGGAAUAUAUGCUAAUUAUACAAACUAUUCACCAUCUGCUAAAAAUCCACCUGUGUUGCUUAGGGAUUCAUUAGAUUCUGCUGGUCAUUGUUCUGUUAAGAAGUACUGGAAUAACCGAUAUUUAAAAUUUGGAAAACGAAUAGCAGCUUGGCAGUCAAUGUCUUGGAAUGAUGAGAAAAUAUCCUGUUUUGUGGGAACCACUACUGGGAAUGCUUUCCUUCAGAUGUUUAGGAGCAUGUUUGAAACAGAAACUUUCACAAACUCAUCUGAGAUUGUAGAUACUACCUCAAACUUUGGAAUAGACUUGAAGAAUCUCACUGUGACAGCUAGUUCAAUCAGCAAUGUUGGAUACAGUAUUUUGUAUAAUAGUAAAGCUACACACAGUAUACCUUCUGUCAUACUUUUGAUGAGUAACAGCCUUCUCUCAAUGGCAUCUUCCUUGGUCAAUGGAACAAGGAACACAAUAUCUACUGCUAGUCUGCCAUUGUGGAAACCAUCAACUAAACUAACAUACAACAACAAUGCAUUCUCAUCUGUUAUAUUAGUGGCCAUUGCUUUUGUUGUUGUGCCACCAGGUUUUGCUGUUGAUCUCGUCAAAGAUAGACAGUAUAAGAUCAGAAGUCAGUUGAGAACAGCAGGUGUACCAUUCAGUGUUUACUGGUUAUCUAACUUCUUUAUUGACGUCUGCAAGUUUUGUAUCCCGGCAGUAUUCUGUCUUAUUCUGACAGCCGCUAUACAGGUUGACAGUUUAAAGCCAGGUGGCGCUAUGGUGUCCCUCUUUCUUCUGUUCCUGACAAUUAUACCUUCAUCUACACUCUUUGUUUACAUCUUUCAAUUCUUAUUUGACAACUUUGAGACCUGUCAAUCAUCAUUGACUGUUCUCUACUUUUUUAUAUCUUUCUUACCUUAUUUAGCUGUCAGUUUAGUUGACAUGAUUUCUGGAGAGAUCCCCGCCAGGAUCAUGCACUACAUAUUUGUUAUGCUUCUGCCACCUUACAAAGUUUUUGGAGGCAUUUAUUAUAUUGACAGGAUUUAUCGAACAAGUUUGCUAGGAAAUGAACAGGACAUUACGUUUGGAGAAUAUUUUAAGUGGGAAUCCAACAUACUCUUACCUAUACUGUGGCCAUUAGUUGAGAUACCAUUGUAUAUAAUGUUACUGAGAAUCAUUGAUAUCCGAAAAACGGGAGGUGAAAUUCAAGAUGCAUUACCCUGUAUCAGUAAAAAGAAUAGUAACGAGGUUGACACAGAAAACUCUGACAUCAUAGAAGAUGAAGAUAAAGAUGUCGCAGAAGAAAGACAAAGAGUUAAAGCUUUACAGACCAGAGAAAGGAACCAGGUUUGCUGGGCAGAUAAAUUUGAAAAGUACCCUGUGGUAAUGGUGGAAAAUUUAAGAAAAGAAUUUGCAAAAAGGGGAAAGCAGAAAAGAAAGGGAGGUAAAAAGAUCCAGGGAGAAGGAAAGGUCAAGGUUGUUGUUAGAAAUACAUCCUUUGCUGUAGAGAGUGGUGAAGUACUUGGACUUCUUGGUCCCAAUGGAGCUGGAAAAACUACCACCUUGAAUAUGGUUAUUGCAGAGGUUGGACCAACCAAGGGAAAGGUACAUGUAGGAGGGCACGAUGUAAGAUCCAGCAUGUCAGAGGCCUUUAAGGUGCUUGGAUACUGUCCCCAGCAUGAUGCAUUGUGGGAUUUAGUUCAGCUUGAUGAUCAUCUUAGAGCUUAUGCUGCCAUCAGAGGCAUUCCAAAAAAAGAUAUUGAAAAUGUCAUCAAUUAUUAUAUAAAAGAAUUAAAGUUGGAGGAGCAUGCAGGAAAAAUGGCAAAAAAAUUGUCAGGCGGUACAAAGAGAAAGCUAAGUUAUAUAAUCAGUAUGCUUGGUCAACCUAAAGUGGUGCUAAUGGAUGAACCUUCAACAGGAAUGGACCCACAAUCAAAAAGAUUUCUCUGGGACACUAUUAGUUCCAGUUUCAGUGGAACAGAACGUGGUGCUAUUUUAACGACACAUUAUAUGGAAGAAGCAGACGCCUUAUGUACAAGAGUUGCGAUCAUGGUCAAUGGAAAGCUUGAAUGUAUUGGUGCAACUCAGCAUUUAAAGAAUAAAUAUAGUAGUGGAUAUUUAUUGGAAGUCAAACUUAAAAUAGAAGACAUCACUGACGAAGAACAAGCUCACAGAUUAGAGGAGUUACAAAACUAUGUUGUGUCUCUAUUUCCCAAUGCUGUAACAUUAGAGAAGUUUGGAACCUAUGCCCAGUUCAAAGUACCAAAGGAGGACGUUCCGUCAUUAGCUAAUGUCUUUGCCUCCCUAGAAGAAGGUAAGCGUCACCAUGGAAUGGAAGAGUACAGCUUCAGUCAGUCCACAUUGGAACAGGUGUUUAUUGAAUUUGCUAAAAGGCAGUUGGAUGAGCAUGCUGGUGACCAUGAAGAUGAUGAUCAGAUAGAUGACACAAGAGCAUCCUCCCUUGUUAUUUGACAAUAGACUGGUGCUGUAGUGUUUACACUUUGUUAUGGCAUUAACUUGUUGCCAUUUGUAUGGCAUUUACUUGUUGCCAUUUGUUUUGCAUUAACUUGUUGCCAUUUGUAUGGCAUUUACUUGUUGCCAUUUGUUUUGCAUUAACUUGUUGCCAUUUGUAUGGCAUUUACUUGUUGCCAUUUGUAUGGCAUUAACUUGUUGCCAUUUGUUUGCUCUGUGUGAUGAUUAAAUAUACAAGAUGCAAUUCAGUGAUCAAAUAAAUGUAAUAUUCCAAGAUAUGUAAAAUUGUUUUAGAUGGUACUUUUUAGGUAACAUGAAUGAGUGUGUAUAUUUCUCUAUUUUAAGAACUUAAUGUGAUAAUAUUUGUUAAAUAAGACAGGAGCCAGUGUGUAAUUUGCUUACCUGCCAGCUUUUCAAAAUGCCAAUGAGGGUUUUACGGUCAAGAUGGCUCUAAUAGUCCUACAAAUCCUUCAAGGGGGCCUUCAAGUACAUUUAAAAGUUGAUUUUGGUUUCUUCAUACUUUUACAAGCCCAUAGUCAUCAUAAAUUUAAUGUUUGGUCUAAAAUUGUGGACAAAAUUGCUCUUCUCUAAAUUUCCAUGGGGGAAAUCCCCUUGCAAAUAGUGACAGUUGGCAGGUAUGAAUGUGAUGUGUUUGUCUCUUUGUUUGUCUGUUCAUCCAUUUGUUCUGUCCAUCCACAUGUUGUAUUCAAGAAAGAAAAAUUGAAGUUACAAUUUUUAUUUUAUAUAUUUUAAUUAUUACUUAGCAUUUUAAUUACUGAUUACCAAAUUUGUGAACACUAAAAAAUUGUUUUUCUAAUGAGCAUAAUUUGAAGUGUUUUCCAUUACUAAACAUGGCAUUUGUUUUUUAAUAAAUGUGUGUGUAUGUAGUUUUAACAGGUCUGCAUUUGAGAAUAGUGUAGGAAAAUUAAGACAUUGAUUCCAUUAUUAUAAUCAAAAGAUGAUCAAAGGUGUUAUAAAAUCAUAAUGGUCAAUAUGUCAAGACUUUUAACUUAAAUUAUUAUAGAUUUUAAAAACAUUUUAAAGUUAUUUUUAAUGUAUGAGCUUAAUAUUUUUAGACAAUUAUUAUGAAUCGGUGAUAUCCCACAGUUUGUUGUUAACUUUAACAUAACAUUUUAAUCUGCCUGACUCAACUGUUAAGCAAGGAUCCUACACUGUUUAUUUAUAUACUGUAACUAUGCUAUUUGGGCAGUCAAAUUGCAUUGACCGUAAAUUCAUUUAUGAUAUACAGUCACUGACUGUAAAUCUCCUUGUUUUUGAUGUUUACAAUUUGUUCUGUGGAGUGUACUUGUGAUGUCAAUAAAAUAUGCAGGUUCGCAGAAAUUUUACAUUGUUUGUUCCAAAUUAAAAUGAUGUUUUUACCCGUAAAUCAAUUAGAAUAGCUAUAGGAGUUGCAGUUUAUAAAGAAUAUCAAUAUUUGUCCCCAAUAAUAAAUUUUAUUUGUACUCGGCUCAAAAUGGUAGAAGGGCUCUGCAAAGCCUUGUUUUCUACCGGAUUCUAAGCCUUGUACAAAUAAAAUUUAUAGUUUGAGACAAUGUAUGGUUAUUCUAUAUAUUUACUAGGUAUUUCUACAGUUAUCUACCCUUAUACCUGUAGGCAGGGGUCGAAUUUAAGCUUUAUUGUGUACUGGCCAGCCGGACCAGUGGACAAAAAUCUACUGGUCCGGCUCUAUAUCUACUGGUCCUAAAAAAAUUACGUUCAUUCGACAAAAUGAUAUAUAUAUAUAAAUAAUCCCCCAGUACCGUGUAAUUUAUUUCGCAGGUAUUUUUUUUAUAAAUAUAUUGAGAUUGCAGUGCAAUCAGUAAUUUUAAUCGACAAUUUUCCACUGGUCCACCGGACCACCACCUGACAAAGUCUACUGGUCCGACCCAAAUUCUACUGUUCUCGGACCACCGGACAAGCGCUAAUUUCGACUCCUGCCUUUAGGUCACUGACAAGGAAUUAGUAAGAACCACACUGUUUAUUUUUUACAAAUCGCCACAGUUUUUCUACCAAGUUCUGAUGGGUUAUUGUUGAAAGAUGUUGUUGUUUGAUAAAUGUAGUGUUUCAUUUAAUUUGUAAACACAUGUUAAAAUUAUUUCAUUGAUGCCAAAAUUACAGGUCUUAAUUUAAAUUAUGUUCAUUUUAAACACUGAGUCAUUGUUGUUCUUGCCUCUGGAUCCUGGUUUCUAGGGUCAAAACACAUAGCAUGACUUGUCUCUAGAUGUGAACUUUUUUUUCUUCCUAUGCAAAGGCUUUUCAAAUUAUUUGUUUAGAUGAAGUUUAAUUUAAUUUUUAAUACACUAUAUCACCAUUUGUCUUUCAUUACUGGUAACCACAAAGGUACUGUAAAAUUUUGACAACAAUAUAGAAAUAAAGAACACUAAAAUGAAAAGAUGAUUGCUAUAUGCCUUCAUAGAACAAGAGGCAAAGAUUCUCUUGGAUUUCAGAAUAGCAUUAAGGUCUAUUCCUUUGUAGAAUAGCAUUAAGGUCUAUUCCUUUGUACUUGGUAUGGAUUCAAUUUCCAUGUGUGCUGUCCUUUUGUAUGUGUUUCUUGUGUAUGGUGCUAGAAGUCUUUUAAUUGAACUGAUCAUCAUGUUCAUCUGUCUCAUUUCCACUAUUACCUUUAGGUAUAUGUAUGUUUGACAAUUAACUGAACAAACUAUAUCAAUGUGAAUUUUAAUUGUCAAAGAACACUUAAUCUAUUCGUCUGUAGCCAUAUCUUGUACUUGUAUUUAUUAUUGUUAUAGUUAUUCUUGAAAACUACACAUUUUUACAUAUGUAUGUAUUUGAGAUAAAUAUUAAUAUCUGUAAAACUA